CAUUAAAAUGCACUGCAGGAUUUUCUUAAGUUUUACUCUCCUUUCAUGUUGAACAGAGUCAUGAGUGACUUUGAGGAGAGCGACUUCUUUUGGAGGCACUGGAAUUCACCCAAGAAUCGAAAAAUAAAACGGGACUCCAAGAAGGCCACGAAAGACCAAAAACCUGAAAACACUGCAACUAUAAAUGUGAAGAAUGGUAGCCAGAAGAAGAAGAAGAAGAAGAAGAACUCCAAAUUCAAGGAAGCAGUGGAGAAAAUGAAAGAAAAGAAGAAGGAGAAGAAGAAAAAGAAACGUGUAUCACGCUUGGGACUAGACGACAGCUUUCUGUUCACAGGGGGUGAUGAUAAACCUGAUCUCGCUGCCGAGCAUACGAGUUCUGCUUCUUUCAUGGCUGAAGAUUGGAAUACAUGUAGCACCGACAACCUAAAGUCCGACCCCUUGACGCAGGACCCCAUUGCCAAGAAGAAAACCAAAACCAAAAAGAAAGUGGCGUUUGAUCUAUCGCGGCAAGGUUACAUUCGUGUCAAGCGUCCUAAUCUUGCAUCUUCAUUUCUGCAGCUUCCCGAAGAGAAUGAAAUAGCGAAUGGGCAUGAAGUAGCGAGUUGGUCACAUGUUACAAUGACGAGUCAAGACGACAGUCAAGGCACCGCUGAUGACAUAAACAGUCAGGACCUCUUCAUCACUCAGAAGACAUUCAGAGCAACUCGCACCGACACAUCCAGCGGUGAAGUUGAUGACAAACCUUUUACCACAAAUUCCUUAAUGCUCUCCCAGCAAGAUAGGGAUUCACAAAUCCCAGUCACACAGGGAAUGCAGCAAGGAUCAGGCAGAAACAUACAAGAUCCACAGCGGCAAAAAUGGGAAAAGUCCCCACAAGUCCAUUGGUACCCCAACAAGGCAAAAGAUCACCUCGAGGAUCCAUCACGGGACCUCGUCACAGAAGACAAAGAGGGGCUAUGCCCAAAAUUCCAAAAGCCCAGGAGAGGAAAGAUGUCCCUUGAACCUCAAAGGCAGUUAAACCUUAGUGAGAAGAAAAAAGAAUCCAUCACCAUCAAACCAAAGGCAGUGAAUGCUUUCCUGGAAGAACCAGUCAUUGUAAAAAGCUACCUGGAUCUUCCACAGUCAAACACACAUUCUUCUAUUUCAAGCCGGCGAUCGCCUUCUGAGGCAACAUCACCACUUCCCCCAACGUCAACAGCAAGCAUUUCCACGCAGACGGAAAACUUCUUCACGAACGAGCUCUCCUCUUUCCUAAAGUUCUGCCAGAAAAUUAGAGGGAGUGUACACUUUGAGGAUGUGACGCCUCUGGACCUGAGCCUUCCACGCAGUGCCAGAACAGAAUCUGGCAUGUUGCAUUCAGUGAAGACUUCAGUCAUUGAUAUCAGCGACGAUGAAGACAAGCAAGGCAUAAAGAACACAUCAUCUACACUGGAAAAGAUCAGAGCUGCCGAAGAACCCAUCUGGUGUCCGUCGAUCUACUCGGAAAGUAAAGAUGACAACGUAAAAACCGAACCUUGUGGUCAACAUCCUGCAGCCAUCUGCACACGAGGUAAAGCCGAAACAACCCCCAGCCCCCAGUCUGAGUCUGAGCCUAAAGCUACAGACACAAAAACCUCCAGCGAGGACAACGAGCCUCACGGCUGUAGCAGCAGAAUGGACAUCAUCCAGGUGAGAGCAGUGCAGAUGAGACUCAAUGAGAACUUCUUUUUCAAGAACAAAGGAGAACAACAGUCACCCAGAGCAGAGUCUCCUCUGAUGAAACUUGCUCAGGGCAGAGACACGAAAAACAAAAAGUGCCAGUGAGGCUGGAAGAUUUCCGGAGAUUGACAUUCCUCUUUGUCAGCUCGGCAUCAUUAAGUGACUGAAACAGGAGCUUCUGCAGUGAAAGAGCUUCAUAAGCAAUUUAAAUUAACUGUUGGUUUUUAAAAUUCAAUCUUGGCUUUUCAAAGUAAGACGGGAGAAAAAGUGUGAUGUUUGCCACUGUUGGCCCAGAUAGUCCCUUGUUGUUGGGCAACAUACAGUU